UUUUAUUCAGUUGAAUUUUGUUUUUUAUACAGUGUGGUUGUUUUGGAAUCGCGCGGGCUUCUUUUUCUCCUCUUAUUUAUUUCUUCUUAUAUGUGAAUAUUUUGUUUAAAUACUUUAAGAAGUGUUUGUUUUAUUUCAAUGCUGUGAUUUUACAAUAAACAAAAAAUAUAACAACAAAACGAAGAAAUAUAAAAAUUAAAAAAAAAAAUAUAAUAAUAAUAAAACUACAACAAUAAAUUUAUGUAUGAGUGAAGUAACAUUGUUAAAGUAAAAUUACAAAAACAAAAGAUACUACAGAGAGCGAGAAAAAAUCAAAACAAUUACGGCAUUUGUUACGCUUAAAUAAGUGAUCGUCAAAGUUUGUUCUUCAAAAAAGAACAGCAACAAUAACAACAACCACCAAAAACAACUAUUACAGCAUUUAACCACCACCAUGGCCAUGUUACAACGAGAAGUUGGUGUUCCAGACUUUGUGCUGCUGGACCAAAUAACACUAGAAAAAUUCAUGGAUAACUUGAAGAAACGAUUUCAAGCUGGUUCCAUCUACACAUACAUUGGCGAAGUAUGCGUUUCGAUGAAUCCCUACAGACAGUUGAACAUUUACGGUCCAGAGACAAUAAAAAACUACAAAGGUCGAGAAUUAUUCGAAAAUCAACCGCACAUAUACGCGAUUGCUGAUGCCGCGUACAGAAUAUUGAAACAACGUCAUCAGGAUACCUGCAUAUUGAUAUCAGGCGAAUCGGGAGCUGGCAAAACAGAAGCAUCCAAAAUUAUUAUGAAAUAUAUUGCAGCUGUUACAAAUGUCCAUGGACAGAAUGAAAUUGAAAGAGUGAAAAAUGUCCUGAUUCAAAGUAACGCCAUCUUGGAAACAUUUGGUAACGCUAAAACCAAUCGAAAUGACAACUCCAGUCGUUUUGGUAAAUAUAUGGAUAUUGAAUUUGACUAUAAAGCUGAUCCAGUGGGUGGAAUUAUAACAAAUUAUUUAUUGGAAAAAUCACGUGUGGUGCAACAGCAGCCAGGAGAACGAAAUUUUCACAGUUUCUAUCAGCUUCUAAGGGGAGCCAGUGACAAUGAACUGCGUCAGUAUCACCUCACAAAAGAUCCAUCAAAAUAUCAUUACAUGAAUCAGGGAAGCAUGGACAUUUUAUCCGAAAAGUCUGAUUACAAAGGCACAAAUAACGCAUUUAAAACACUCGGUUUUACAUCAGAAGAAAUUUCAACUAUAUGGCGAAUUGUAGCAGCCAUUUUACAUUUGGGAAACAUUGAAUUCCAAAUGAUUGAGGACGAACUGGUAAUCAGUAAUAAAACACAUCUUCAGGCAGCAGCCCAAUUACUGCAAGUUACCGAGGAUGAAUUAUCAACAUCUCUGACAACGCGAGUAAUUGCUGCUGGCGGUAAUGUAAUGCAAAAGGAUCAUAAUGCUACUCAGGCUGAGUACGGUAAAGAUGCCUUUGCCAAAGCAAUAUAUGAUCGCCUCUUUACUUGGAUUAUAUCGCGCAUCAAUCGUGCUAUUUUGUUCCGAGGAUCCAAGACUCAGGCACGUUUUAAUUCAGUUAUUGGUGUUCUUGAUAUUUAUGGUUUUGAGAUAUUUGAUUCAAAUAGUUUUGAACAAUUCUGCAUCAACUAUUGUAACGAAAAGCUGCAGCAAUUAUUUAUUGAAUUGGUUCUCAAACAGGAACAAGAAGAGUACCAACGUGAGGGCAUUGCUUGGCAGAAUAUUGAAUAUUUUAAUAACAAGAUUAUUUGUGAUUUGGUGGAACAACCCCAUAAAGGUAUGAUAGCUAUUAUGGAUGAAGCCUGCCUCAGUGUGGGAAGAGUUACCGACGAAACUCUGCUCGGGGCAAUGGAUAAAAGUCUCAGCAAUCAUCCUCACUACAGCAGUCGUCAAUUGAAGCCCAUGGACAAGGAGCUUAAGCAUCGCGAAGAUUUUCGCAUUACUCACUAUGCCGGAGAUGUAAUUUACAAUAUUAAUGGCUUCAUUGAAAAGAAUAAGGAUACCUUGUACCAGGACUUUAAACGUCUAUUGCAUCAUUCUUCAAAUACGCACAUAAGUGAAAUGUGGCCCGAGGGUGCACAAGACAUUAAGAAGACCACCAAACGUCCGUUAACAGCCGGCACACUGUUCCAAAGGUCGAUGAUCGAUUUAGUCAAUACACUAUUGAAAAAGGAGCCAUUCUAUGUGCGCUGCAUAAAGCCCAACGAUAUAAAAAGUUCCACCGUUUUCGACGAGGAACGUGUUGAACAUCAAGUUCGUUACUUAGGUUUGCUGGAAAAUGUGCGCGUAAGACGUGCUGGCUUUGUACAUCGUCAGCGUUAUGAUAAGUUCUUGCUGCGUUAUAAAAUGAUUUCCCAAUACACCUGGCCCAACUUCCGUGCUGGCAGUGAUCGUGAUGGCGUACGCGUAUUGAUUGAAGAAAAGGGUUUUGGUCAAGAUGUUAAAUAUGGCCACACCAAGAUCUUUAUACGUUCACCACGUACAUUAUUCUCUUUGGAAAAACAACGCAACGAAAUGAUUCCUCAUAUAGUGAUUCUGCUGCAAAAACAAGUGCGUGGUUGGAUUGCUCGUCAAAAUUACAAGAAAAUGAAAGCUGCAAUGGUGAUAAUGCGAGCCUACAAAACCUACAAAUUACGUUCAUAUGUCCAAGAUUUGGCCAAUCGUUUCCGCCCCGCAAAGAAUAUGAAAGACUAUGGUCGUAGCAUUCAAUGGCCUCAUCCUCCAUUGGCUGGCAGACGUGCCGAACCCGGCUUACGUCGCAUUUUUGAUAAUUGGAGAGCUUAUAUGAUCCUGCGUAAAUAUCCUCGAUCCGAAUGGCCACAAUUGCGUCUCCAGAUCAUUACUGCGACGGCCAUCAAAGGACGCCGUCCCUAUUGGGGACAACAGCGAAAGUGGGUGGGAGAUUAUUUGGCUAAUUCGCAAGAUAAUUCCGCUUAUUUGGCAUACAGCACGAAUGUAAAGAAUUUAAAGAAUCACGAUGGCUUCAAGUCAGUGCUUUUCUCGUCGUUUGUAAAAAAAUUCAACAAGCACAACAAACAAGCCGAUCGUGCAUUCAUUAUUACCGAAGGUGCAAUUUACAAAUUGGACGGUGCUAAAAAUAAAUUCAAAAAUAUGAAUCGAUCCGUAUUUAUACACGAUUUAACUUCUGUUAGCAUCAGUACAGGACGUGAUCAAUUGAUAGUAUUCCAUUCACCCGCCAACAAUGAUUUAGUGUUUUCACUACAAGGUGAACAUGGUCCACUCAAGGAGGAUCGUAUUGGAGAAGUUAUUGGUGUUAUUUGCAAAAAAUAUCACGACAUUUGUGAUCGAGAGCUUAGAGUUGAUGUGUCUCCAAACAUUGCCUGCCGUUUGGGCGGUAAACCGCGCACAAUUGUUAUUGAGGCUGCUGCCGGUGUAGAGAAUCCAAAUUUCAGACAUGCAGCAGGAAAUAUUAUAUUUGAAGUACCAGCCCAUUAUUGUGUUUAAAGUUAUUUGUGGAUUGUAACACAUUAAUUUUCCGACAAACAAAAAACAAAAUCUAGUUCUUAAGAUUUUUUCCUUUUUAUAUAAAGCUGGGCUUUCUUUGUUACAUUCUUGUAUAAUUUAUUUUUCUAAAAAAAUCCUAAAUGUUUUCCUAGUUCUUUGUCUGUUAAACUACCUUUUUUAUAGUAGUUCUGAUCUAUUCUGUUUUCUUUGUAUUUUUGUUUAAGAAGACUAAUUUAAUUAAUUGUUAAUUAUUAUUGUAUGUUUAAUUUAUGAUAAAUAACUUAAGAUGAUCGUCAAUCAAUAUGUGGGUUAAAUAAUUAAGUAAAGAAGUUAUGAUAAAAAGUAUUAAGUGCAUUAAUAAAAAGUGCAUUAUUAAUUAUUAUUUAAAUAUUUAACUAUAUUAAUACACCUACACACUUAGUUGUAUAAGUAACAACAUAUUUAAUAAUACAGAUAUGUAUGUACAUAUUAAUAUGUACAAUACUACUAAAUCAACGAAAA